AUGGUCAGCCCGGACAAUACCUGCGGAACGCUUUUUAAUGGUGCCAACAAAAACUAUUCGUGUGAUGCAACAGUGAACGCAGGAGGCUGCUGCUCACAAUAUGGCUAUUGCGGAAACACUACAGACUAUUGUGGAUUGGGUUGUCAAUCUUCUUUCGGGACCUGUUCGACCACUACUACACCCCCAGUUGAAGACGAUUUCACUUGUGGCCCAACAAAUGGUGGGAAGAUAUGCGCCAAUGGACUUUGCUGUAGUCAGAACGGAUAUUGUGGAAAUUCUACCCACUACUGUGAUACAGGCUGCCAAUCUUCGUACGGCAUCUGUGCCUCUGGGUCCAAUCCUGCUCCUGAAGGCACUUGCGGGCCAAAUUCUGGGGGUGCGAAGUGCUCCGAUAAUCAAUGCUGCAGCUUGUCCGGGUAUUGUGGGCUAGGUCAAGAUUAUUGCGCCGACCCCGGCAGUUGUAUGCUGGGUUAUGGCAGAUGUGAUUCUGAUCUCACUCCAGUUGGACCAUCAACUGCCAAUGCCCCCAGACCAUUAAGAGGUUUGAUUAGCUACACGGAAGACAUCUAUGAUUGCGAUCAAACUAACGUCGUUGCUUUGACAUACGACGAUGGGCCAUAUCAGUACACUGCCGAACUGCUAGACCUCCUCAAAAAGUAUGGCUUCACAGCCACAUUCUUCAUGACUGGAAACAACAAUGGAAAGGGAUCAAUUGAUACCACUGCACCGUAUCCCGACUUGAUUAAGCGUAUGGUUGCUGAGGGCCAUCAAGUAGCAUCACAUACCUGGUCUCACUACUCGCUGUCCAAUAGCUCCCACGAUCUUCGUGUUUCUCAAAUGGUGAAGAACGAGAUGGCAUUCAACAACAUUAUUGGAAUGUGGCCUACUUACAUGCGUCCACCUUAUUCCGACUGCACUCAAGAGUCUGGAUGCUGGGAUGACAUGAAAGCUCUCGGCUAUCAUCGUGUUUACUUCGAGCCCUCGAGUAGCUCCUUCCCUAACAAUACACAAGAUUAUCUAAAUCCUCUUCCUUCCCAAGUUCAGAACUCCAAGGAUAUCGUAAAGCAGCAACUGGCCAUCCCGGGUGUGACUGAUUAUCUCUCGAUCCAACACGAUAUUGUUCAGCAAUCCGUUGCAAACUUUUCAUCCUAUUACUUCGAUCUCAUCCAGAAGAAGGGCUGGAGAGGUGUGACAUCCUGCUUCCACGACAAAGUCUACUUCUACAACAAAGUCUACUUCUACAACAAGGAAGCCAAGUACACCAACGACAACUGCAGUUCCGGCAUCAACUACAAAAUCAUCUCUAAUCACACGUCCUACGGCUAA